UUAAGAGGUCUAGAAAAAUGAGCACCUCCCUCAAGCUAGUUCCACCAUUUUAUACAUGACGCCAUUUAUGUUUACGUAGCUAGCAAGAAAGCAAGCUGUCAACUGCCGGUAUCUUGCAAAAUAUACUAGAUAAAGUAGGACCGUCGGUAAUAGUCAGCGAAACCAGAAGGAUUGGUCAUCCGUGGUGCCUAAUAUUUGUUUUGUGUCUGGUCUUUAGCAAGAUAAUGUUACUAACCUGGGGAAAAAUAUAACGAUUUCCAAUUCGAAAGCGAUUCAGACCGACGAAACAGAAACUCUCGCUAGCACGCAUCAUCGAUAGCAGCUGAUCAACUAGUUAUUUGUGCAACACCAUGUCGGAGGGUCUUGAAACCCGCGAAGAUCCAACAGUGGAGAAAAUUGAGGAGGACGGACAGGCUAGCAGCGAGGAGCAGAUACCAACGCCUGCAGAGAACAGCCAGUCAGGAGAAUCCAAGGGAUCAAAGAUUGAUGCCAGCAAAAACGAAGAGGAUGAGGGGAAAAUGUGUGUUGGUCUGAGCUGGGACACAACAAAGAAGGAUUUGAAGGCUUACUUCAAGUUUGGGGAGGUGGUAGACUGCACCCUGAAGCUUGACCCCAUGACAGGUCGGUCUCGGGGGUUUGGCUUUGUCCUGUUCAAAGCAGCUGACAGCGUUGAUAAGGUGGAGUCCAUUGAGCUCCCCAUGGAAACCAAAAGCAACAAGAGACGGGGCUUCUGCUUCAUCACCUUUCAAAGAGGAGGAGCGAGUGAAGAAGAUCGUGGAGAGAAAGUAUCACAGUAUAGGAUUAAGUAAGGUACUGUACAGUACAUCAUGGCUUCCCUUGGAGGUGUACCUGUGGAUGUAUUUCAAGGCCUACCUUCAAACUCAGUGCCUCUGCUUGACAUGGGAAAAAAGAAAAAAAAUCUGCCAAGACCUCAGAAAAAGAAUUGUAGACUUCCACAAGUCUGGUUCAUCCUUGGGAGCAAUUUCCAAAUGCCUGAAGGUACCACAUUCAUCUGUACAAACAAUAGUACGCAAGUAUAAACACCAUGGGACCACGCAGCCGUCAUACCGCUCAGGAAGGAGACGCGUUCUGUCUCCUAGAGAUGAAUGUACUUUGGUGUGAAAAGUGCAAAUCAUCCCCAGAACAACAGCAAAGGACCUUGUGAAGAUGCUGGGGGAAACAGGUACAAAAGUAUGUACAGUGGGGCAAAAAAGUAUUUAGUCAGCCACCAAUUGUGCAAGUUUUCCCACUUAAAAAUAUGAGAGAGGCCUGUAAUUUUCAUCAUAGGUACACUUCAACUAUGACAGACAAAAUGAGGGAAAAAAAUCCAUAAAAUCACAUUCUAGGAUUUUUAAUGAAUUUAUUUGCAAAUUAUGGUGGAAAAUAAGUAUUUGGUCAAUAAAAGUUUAUCUCAA